AUGGAGGUGGAAGAGGUAACCAAGCCUGGAAGCGAGGACCAAGUAGAAGUACCAUCGCUUGGCCAGUCGCAAGAUACAAUUGAAAGAUUGAUUGAAGAGUCAAAAUCGGAGAGUCAGACCAAUGGCACCGAAGCAGCGUCUGCCGGAAAGAGCGCCAAGAGCCCAGUGGAGCAGGAAGAGAAGACGCGCAAGGAACCCGAGAAGGAGAGUCCAAGCCAGGACGGACCUUCGAAGAGGGUUCGAGAAGGACAGAAAUGGAACGACAGACCUCGCAAACAGUAUGGCAAUCCCAAUGAUCGUCCACACAAAAGGCACAAUAACAAGUCGGAUCUCGUUUCUCAACAAGAGAGUAGCGAUCCUGUUGCCAUUCGCAAACAAGUCGAGUUCUACUUCUCAGACUCCAACCUUCUGACAGACAAAUUCCUGUUCACAAAAGUCGAAGGCCAUGAAAAUCUACCAGUCCCAAUUAGUACCAUCCACUCGUUCAAGCGUAUGCGCCACUUCCAGCCCCUAUCUGCCAUUGUCGACGCUCUCAAAGAGAGUACCAUCCUAAACGUCGUCGAAGAUGACACGUCCAUCCAGCGAAAAACCCCGCUACCUGAAGGUCUGGUAGGUAAGCCAAUGGUAGAGAUACAAAAGGUUCACGAAGACAAAACCAUGGCUCGAAGUGUCUACGCAAAGGGUUUUGGGGAAGAACGGCCAAGCACUCAAUUUGACAUUGAAGCAUACUUUGCUCAGCACGGCCCCACCAACUCUGUGCGUCUACGACGAUCGUAUGACGGUACCUUCAAGGGAAGUGUGUUUGUGGAGUUUGACUCGGAAGAGACCCAGAACGCUUUCCUCGCUCUAGACCCCAAACCUAAGUGGCAAAGCAAUGAGCUGCAGGUCAAGAGCAAGAAGCAGUACUGUGAUGAUAAGGUCGAUGAUAUUGCAGCUGGCCGUGUGAGGCCCAACGAAGAUGAUCGUGCUCAUCAGAAUGGUAAUCGUGACUGGGCUGGUCGUGAUCACGAUAGGCGGGGAGAGAAAGGUGUCAGACGCGAUAGAGACGACAAGGAUGACCGGGAUUGGAGGGUUCGUCGGGAAGAAGACCGCAAAGGCGGCUUCAAAGAUAGAAAUGGCGGAAAGCACAAGGGUUUCCGCGGUUCAGAACGCGGUCGAGGAGGCGGCCGAGGCAGAGAAGGCCGAGAUAGAUCUAGGAACAGGAACGAUCAGAGGAGAGAGAGAGACGAGCGCGGAGUUCCAAAAGUCAGGACCUCAAGCCCCGGAUCGGACGACAAGGAUAGCCCAAGCACAGAAAAGCCGGUCAAAGACGAAGCCAAAGAGGCUACCGACACUUUGACGAAAAAUGACGGAAAGGCAGUGGAUGCGACUACAGCACCACCUGAAGCUCCUCCAGAUGCUGCUGCCGAUCCAGGCUCGAAGAAGCGUGCUCGGGAAGACGACGAUGGAGCAGAGGAGCAGGGGAACUCUAAGAAGGUCGAUUCAAAGGUCGAGGAGUCGUGA